CGGAGCGGCGCCGAUCGCUGAGUCGAGGCGUGAGGGUGGGCCUGGAACAUCCGUUGACCAACACAGAGCUGGCAUGUCAUCUGGUCGUCCCAUUAAGUGUGUUGUGGUUGGAGAUGGCACAGUUGGGAAGACAUGCAUGCUGAUCUCCUACACCACAGACAGCUUCCCAGGAGAAUAUGUGCCCACCGUGUUUGACAACUACUCAGCGCCCAUGGUGUGUGAUGGCAUCCCUGUGAGUCUCGGCCUCUGGGACACGGCUGGCCAGGAGGACUAUGACCGGCUGCGGCCUCUGUCCUACCCCCAGACAGACGUCUUCCUGAUCUGCUUCUCGGUCGUGAGUCCGUCCUCGUUCGAGAAUGUCACAACCAAGUGGUGCGCCGAGAUCAAGCACCACUGUCCGGAGGCGCCCGUCAUACUCGUCGGCACCAAGAUUGACCUGCGGGAGGACAAGGAGCAGCUGCAGCAGCUGUCGGAGCUCGGCCUGUCGCCCGUCAAACGGGAGCACGGCCAGAAGCUGGCGCACAAGAUCAGAGCUGUCAAAUACAUGGAAUGCUCGGCGCUGACCCAGCGCGGCCUCAAACAGGUGUUUGACGAGGCGGUACGCGCCGUGCUGCGGCCGGAGCCGGUGCGACGGCGCCAGCGCAAGUGCGCCGUCAUGUAGCGGCCGCUCCGAGGAGAGACGGACCCGCUCUGCCGGGCGCCGGCCCUCCGUGCCGCCGGCCCCGUUCGUUCUCCGCAGAGUAGCUCCGCCGCGUGCUUCCAGCGGGAGCCGGGGAGCCGCGCUCGGCACCCACCGCUGCCCCGAUCUAGUCGCUGCCCGGUGCGCUGCCGCCCGGGCGCAGUGGGCAGCUGCCCGGUCCGAGUCAGGCCGGCGGGCUCUGGAAUCAGACGGACUCCCGCAUUACAUGGUUCGGUGGAGUCUGUUCUACAUGUUCCGAUACAAUUCGUGCGCUGUGUAAUCGGACGGCUUGUGCUCCCUGAUCAUGUGGAGUGUGCUCCUCGAUCACAUAGUACAUAGUGUGUUCCGCGAUCAGUUGGUGUGAGCGCUGAAGUUUAUGGAGAUGUGUUCUUUGGGAGCGUGAACGCAAGGGCUGAUUGGAGUUUGUGCUUUGUGUGUGUGCCUGUGGUUGUCUGGACAGCUCUGUCUGUGCUAAGUAAGAGAGCUGAACUUCUGUCUGCAAACUGCUACAGUUUGCACUCGGCAAAGAAUGGAAUGCAUGCAAGACAUGACUGAUGGCUCUGAUGAAGUUAUAUAGCUAAUCAGCACAUCCCACCGAACCUUUGCACGAUACUUCUUCUAUAUAUGUAUAUUUUUAUUUCGUCAAGUGGGCCUAACCUGUCGUUGAUGUACACUAAUCCGCCAGCUUCGGGGGGCCAGCGGCGUGAAUGAGUUGCCUGGCACGCGCUCGUCUCGCGUGCGAUGUUUGACGCGUCAACGGCCGCUGCGGCGUGCCGAGGCGUGCCGCGCCCCGGACGCGCGCUCUGCACGAUCUCUGUCCGUGGGGGAUGCAGGGACGUCGGCUCCCUUGUCCAGUCCAUAAUUGGCGGGGUGUGUGCGGCGUGGACCGAGACUCCAUCGUCCUGCUCUCUUUCUGAGGUUUAUUUGUAUCCGUCAGAUGUGAUUAUAAUCGACAUUUGCUUUGUCUACUUACGCAGUGCCGGAAUAUUUGUGGGUCACAAAAGGUCGUGAGGAGUACAGACUUUCUAGGAGUAUGAUUUUUGACUUUUUGUACUUUUUACCGCAAUAAACAUACCGUGCACCGGG